AUGGCCUCUUACAUGACCGCCAGCGAGGCAUUCGCUCGUGAGAAACUCGCCCCAAAUGUCGAAGUAUCCACAAGUCAGACUGCCUGGGCUGACAAGUAUAGAGGGGCUACUGUUGAAGAUCUUGACCCCCCUCCUGCGCUCUCUGUCUCUCCUAGCGAUUCUAUUGCUUCCGCUAUGCUCGCAGCAUAUGAGCGCGAUUAUACCCACCUGACAGUCAUCUCAUCGAAUCGGUCUUUACUCGGAUACCUUAGCAUACCGCGACUGAAGGAGUUGCUCAAACAAGGCACCGUCAAGGAAACGGACACUGUCGCAACAGCCAUGCAGCGCUUCAACCGCAAGCGUGGCACAUAUCAGGUCAUCACAAUGGAGACGCCGUUAGAGGAGCUAGAGCAGUUCUUCGAGAGUGAAAAGGGACCCAACGGAGAAAGGAGAGAAAAGCAGCAGUUUGCCGUGGUCACUGAUGCAUCCCGGAAGUUUGUACUCGGGGUUGCAACCAAGGCUGAUUUGGAGGAAUUCGUCAAGAGAAGACCGGCGUAG